UGAGACUCAGACGGGCCGCGGAGCGCGCGCUUUUACGCGCCCAAGAACACGCAGCGAGGAGGAGGAGCUCGGGGAGGCGCCUUCGCGGAGGAGCCGGGGAAGAAGUCGGGAGAAAGUUUGAAGCAGCAGCCGCAGCAGCAACAGCAGGAACAGCAGCAGGAGCUUGCUUCAGCUGCGGCGCGUUCCUCGGCUUUGUCCCCAGGCCAAGCCGGCCAGCGGCCGCCCCUCGCAGCCUCGACCCCGACGCGCGCCGCCUUUGUGCAGCCGCCGCCUGCUCUUCGCCGCUGCAGCCUGCGGGCCGGCCCGGGGGUCGCCGCCGCCGCGAAGUUCUAGUCAAGGGAAGUUGUUGGCUCUUUGACGGCGCCUUUCCGUCGUUUUCCCGCCGCCGCCGGCUGGCCGGCCUCUCUCCCGUCUUCGUCUCUCCUCCUCCCCGUCUGGGGCCGGCGGCGCAGCCAUGUCGUCCAUCCUGCCCUUCACUCCCCCCAUUGUCAAGCGCCUGCUGGGCUGGAAGAAAGGCGAGCAGAACGGGCAGGAGGAGAAGUGGUGCGAGAAGGCGGUCAAGAGCCUCGUGAAGAAGCUCAAGAAGACCGGGCAGCUGGACGAGCUGGAGAAGGCCAUCACCACCCAGAGCGUCAACACCAAGUGCAUCACCAUCCCCAGAUCGCUAGAUGGCCGGCUGCAAGUAUCCCACCGAAAGGGUCUCCCUCAUGUUAUCUAUUGCCGGCUCUGGCGGUGGCCAGAUCUUCACAGCCACCACGAACUGCGAGCCAUGGAGAUGUGUGAAUACGCCUUUAACAUGAAGAAGGAUGAAGUCUGUGUGAAUCCGUAUCACUAUCAAAGAGUGGAGACACCAGUGCUACCUCCAGUAUUGGUUCCGAGGCAUACAGAGAUCCCAGCUGAGUUUCCUCCACUGGAUGAUUAUAGCCACUCCAUUCCAGAGAACACUAACUUCCCAGCAGGCAUAGAACCUCAAAGCAACUACAUUCCAGAAACACCCCCUCCUGGUUAUCUGAGUGAGGAUGGAGAAACCAGUGACCAUCAGAUGAACCAUAGCAUGGAUGCAGGUUCUCCAAAUUUAUCUCCAAAUCCAAUGUCCCCUGCACAAAACAAUCUGGAUCUCCAGCCGGUCACUUACUGUGAACCUGCCUUCUGGUGUUCCAUCUCCUACUACGAGCUCAACCAGCGUGUCGGGGAAACUUUCCAUGCGUCGCAGCCCUCCAUGACGGUGGACGGCUUCACCGACCCUUCAAACUCUGAGCGCUUCUGCCUCGGGUUGCUGUCGAACGUCAACCGCAAUGCAGCGGUGGAGCUCACCAGGCGACACAUCGGGAGAGGAGUGAGGCUAUAUUACAUCGGAGGGGAGGUGUUCGCGGAGUGCCUUAGCGACAGUGCCAUUUUUGUCCAGUCUCCUAACUGCAACCAGCGCUAUGGGUGGCAUCCGGCCACUGUGUGCAAGAUCCCACCAGGUUGUAACUUGAAGAUUUUUAACAACCAGGAAUUUGCUGCCCUUCUGGCCCAGUCUGUGAACCAGGGCUUUGAAGCCGUCUACCAGCUGACAAGAAUGUGCACAAUCCGAAUGAGCUUUGUCAAGGGCUGGGGAGCUGAAUACAGGCGGCAGACGGUCACAAGCACUCCCUGCUGGAUUGAGCUGCAUCUGAAUGGCCCCUUACAGUGGCUAGACAAGGUCCUGACCCAAAUGGGCUCCCCGAGCAUCCGCUGUUCCAGCGUGUCUUAAAUGAGCCUGGGAGCAGAAGCCAAGACUUGCAAGUGGAAUCUGUUUUAACUCCUGGCAAAGGGCAACCUACGUCAGUCCCUCACCUGAGAAUUUACCUCUCUUUGUUUUUUUUUAAAAAAGAAAACUUGUGGCUCGUGUUGAAAACGAGCAUUUAGGGUUCGCUAGUGACGUUGCGGCCGACAGUCUCUUGGAGCCCAAUGCCGCAUAGUGAUGGCGCCUUCCUCUCAGUGAAAGAUUUUGCUCUGGCGCUGCUAGAAUGAACAGAGGUUUUGCCGUUGCAGUGCCUCGUGGACCUGGCCCAGACAGUUGGCACUUCAGUCGUAGAGACAUUUUGGACUAUGGUAGAAGAUGUUUUGACACACGCUGCCAAGUUUGAAGUGGAGCAAGACUUGCGACGUCCCUUGCAGAGGUUCUGCAGCUCACGUUGGAUGUCCACAGGUGCCCUUGUCAACAGUUCUCAGAAUGGGGGAGAGCAGGGAGAAGGGCCUCUUCUGUCUGUCUCGAUCCCCUGCCAUCCCACCGCCAGCCUGGCCGCUUCACUAGAGGACAUCCAGCUUGGGAAAUGGGUUGCAGAGAGACUGCUUUUACAUUCCUUUAAAAAAACAAGCUUUUGCUUCUGUGCCUGCAUUUCCACCUGCCAGACCCAUCCCUGUUAGACCAUUUGAAGGAAUGGCGAGGAAAGGGUAAGGAGAGAGUAGCAAUUCAGUGAAGCAGCAUUGCCCCAAACAUACAGAUAUUUCACUUCUUGCAGUGUGGAAGGCCUGAUUUAUACUGUAAUUGCAACGAUCUCAGAGGUGGUAUUAUGCACAACAUCACCACAUUCCACUUCAGUGUAUAUUUCAGUGUUCCUUCUCUGUCACAGGGAGAUCUUGCUGACUUUCCUCUGAUUUCCCCAUUAACCUAUUUAACUCGUGGGUUGUCCUCACAAAGUGCUGCCAUAACUAACUUGUUUUAAAGGCUCUGUAAGUUCAUUAGGGGAGUCUCGGGAAAGGGAGCUCAGCGGUCUCACUUUAACGGGCUGGCAGUCAAAGGCUCAUCUGAUAAGGGAAGAGAGAUGCUAAUAAUAAAUGGCCCAGGGCAGAUUCAGCCAAGGCUGUGGCAUUGCCCAUUGGUUGCCCUUGACCUGUAUAAAUUGAUCUGUUCCUCUGCCAAGGGCAGGUAGCACCUGCAAUUAGUAAGAAAUGUGCAUCUGACCAAGACUGCUUGACUGACAGUUUUUGCUUCUUAGAGUGGUUAAGGAGCUGUAAAUAGAUCAUACACUCUUCCUGUCCUGUUAGGAUGGCAGGUGUGUGUCUGUUCAGUGCUCUAUGUUCUGGUCAGCAUUUUGGACUUGAGGGCAAAAGCAAACUGAUCAAGAAAUGUGAGAUUACCAGUGCCCAGCCAGGACCUGUUGCAGGUACAUGGGAAUGUGCAGGUGGUUAAAUCUCCCAGUUCUAGGAUGAUUUGCAAGAGGCCCAGCGCAGCACUUAAAGCAGCUGUCAUUGAGCUGUUACUCCGAUUAAUUUAGUGAACUACCUUCCUCCAUAGUUCCUGAGAACCCUAUUUGAGACACCUUGUGUCCACUGUAAGAUGACUCAAGGAGCUGCUUAAAAUGUGCUAAAUAGAUUUUCUGCCUUUGCAACAUAGUGGAUUUGCAAAUAUCUGUAAAUGCUGGUUUGAAGAUGCCGUUUCUGUUUCACAUAUUGAAUUUGGUCAGGUAUUUGUCAAAUCUAGUAGGAGCCAAACCAUCACAAAGCUCCAUUGCUGUUAAUGGGAAUAUGCAAGAACCAGAUAAGCGGCCUUUGUCAAAAUGGACAGACCAGUCUUGGCAGUAACAGAAAUCAGGACCGUGAAGAGCAUUAUUUUUAGCCCAGCUGUGUUUGUUACUGAAAUAUAAUUGCCAGGUGCACCCUGGUUACUGGUGUUGUGCUUGCUCAAGGUGCUUUUGCUCAAGCAGGGAUUACAGAAUGGAUGGGCAACUUCCUGGAUCAGGGAAAUUCCUUUCUUUUCAUCUACUGUUAUUUGCCCAGUACACACACAUAUAUGUGACACACAGAACACAAAGUAGUCCUACUAAGUUCAAUGGGACUCCAGUGGAACCUUGGGUUAUGUACCGUCCUCCUUACCAAUGCUUCAGGUAAUGAACUCCGCUAACCCGGAUGUAGAUGCCCCUAGUUGCGAACUGCCCCAGGAUGCGAGCGAAAGUUAUGUGCCAGCGGCAGCAGCAGGAGGCCCCAUUAGCGAAAGCGCACCUCAUGUUAAGAACGGGUUUCGGGUUAAGAACGGACCUCCGGAACGAAUUAAGUUCGUAACCGGAGGUACCACUGUACUUCGUAGUCUGUGUCACAUAUGUUGGUGUGCUUAAAUACCUGUAGGAUCUGGUAUCUGCUAACAUAGGGACAUAGGAAGCUGCCUUAAUGCCAAGUCAGGUCACUGGUCCAUCUUGCUCUGUGUUGUCUACACUGCUUAGCUCUCCAGGGUUUCAAGCAAAGUUAUCUCCCAGCCCUAUCUGAAGGUGAUGGGGAUUGAACUACAGAGAUGCUCAACCAUGGAGCUUGUGACCUUUCCCCAUAUAUAACUGGAUGGUGUGGUCUUUGUGGAUUUGUCGUUUGUACAUACUCUGCCAUUGGGGGAAUGUUUGUUGUCCCUUUUGUAUGCAGACUCCCAUUUUAAUUCACAAACGAUUAGCAAGGCAAGGUAGAGGAAACCUCAAAAUUCAGAAAUCCACCUUCUAGCAUACACACAUUCAUCUCAUCAGCUUUUCGAGGAUCCACGCACACUCAAGUUUCCUUCUUAGGUCUCUCCUCUCUGUAGACAAAUCGCAUAUACCCCAAGCAUGUUCGAUAAGCCUACCUGUGCCUCUUUCCUCGUGUGAAAUGUGCCACAUGAACACACUCACUACCAAGGAAGGCUUCCCAGUCCAUAACGCCCAGCAAAUGAUUGUGCAUGAGAGAGAUUUGUGCUGUUUCCCAUAUUGGAGAUGCUCCUCUUCACAUGUCCCUCCAAGUUUCAAGGUCUGAUGGAGGGAGACCCCCUUUCUUAUUUAUCAAGUGUCCUCAGAAUGCAAUACAUGCAACUGAAACCAAUGGGGGGUGGUGGAAUGGUUCCUGACAGAUGUGGUUAAUCUGCCUCGUAUCCAAAUGGUAGAAUUCAAAAUGACAGCAUUUCUCCCCCAUCGAGUUUCUCAACAUAGGAAACUGCCUUAUACCAUUAGCUCAGUACUGUCUGCACUGGCUGGCAGCAGCUUGCCAGGGUUUCCAGCAGGGAUGCCUCCCAGCCCUACCUGGGAUGGGGGGGCUGGUGCCAGAUUGCAUCUGGGGCCUUCUGCAUGGAAGCAGAUGCUCUGCCACUGAACUGGGUCCAUUCGCCCAAGGCGUUUCACACGAUUACAUGCUACACUAUAAACUUCUGCACUAUAAACUGUUGUUUUCAUAAUAGAUAUGCACGCCUCCCGAGUUAGACUAUUUAUCUUUUUUAAUAAAGUGAGGGUUUUUUGUUUUGUUUCUAGAUAUAAGCUGGAAUCCAGGCAAAUGUUCUCAAGUGCACUUAACUUCCUCCAGAUUGCAUCCUUAGUACCUGUUCCAGAGGCCCCUCGUGCCUUGCCAGAUAGCAGUUAGGAAGUGGAGCUGCAAAACGAGGGACUCACGCUAUAGCUUCCCUCACCACACUCCCCUUGUGGACCUUCUCCCUCUACUUUCCUCCCUCCUCUCAUUGUGCCUCACUGCAGGUGAGAAGGGCUUGUGCGCAAUGGGACCAAGGAAGGAACCAGAAAUGGCUGGAAGGAGGAUGACCUCCUAUGUUUCAGCUGUGGUUAUUUUGGAGAGAUUGGCAGGCAGCACCAUAGCAGGAAGAGCCCCGUUUCCCUGCCCUCCUUGCAUUCCAGGGCUUCCUUAUUCUGUCUUUUGCAAAUCCUCUUCUGCAGGUUAAAACUUAAUAAUGUCACCUUAGAUGCUCUGUUGCAGAGCAGCUCAGAUCCCAGGCUUGUCACUCCAAGAGCAAGAAGGUGUUGGCAAGGACAUCUCCUUCCUCGGAGGUUUUAAAACAGGUUGGAUGGGCAUCUGUCAGGGAUUCUGUAGUUGUGAUUCCUGCAUUGCAGGGGGGUUGAACUAGAUGACCUUUGGGGUCCCUUCCAGUUCUAAGAUUCUGUGUAAAAAAACGCACUAGCCUUGCAAUCACCUUGUUCUGGCUGGAGCUGCACACCACUAGCGUCUUAAUUAUGUCACACAAUUCUGAUUUGGUUUUGAGUGGCACAGAUGUUUAUUUUUAUAGUAAACCAGCCAACAAGCCCUAAAGCUGGGUAUAUGUUACUUUGUAGGAGAGCUUUGCCCAAUCGAAGUGGUAGUUUGGUCCAGGUGGUCAGAUGAAGCGCAAGAAGGUUAUUGUUCAGUACUGCCCACAUUAUAAACUUUUGUUUUUAGUUGACGCCCCCCCCCCCUUUUCCCUGUCUUGCAGUGUCCACAGGUCCACCUCCUCCACUGCAAUGAAGGGAGAUACCAUGUGCUGGGAGCAGGACUGGGGCCACAUGAGAGGCUGCUGUGGGAGAACUUCCUUCCUUCUACUAGUCUUGACUCUCUGCCCCCAUUUGUCUUAAAUAUGCUUCUUUGUUGACACUAAUUUAAGAGGGAAUCAUAAAGCACUUGGGCCUUGCUUAAUGUAGCCUGUAACUUCCAUGUGCCAUGCUUAAUUUCCAAAAAAAAGAGAGAGGCUCCAUCAAAUAAAACUCAGCGCAUGCUCAGAGGCACCCUCCAGUUUACAGUGAUGUCACACGCUCCUGGCAUUUCACCUUGGUUCCUAGGGCUGGGCCCUGGCUCCAACGAAGCUCUGCCCCCCCCCUCCCACAAAUGCCAAAAGGGUGACUGUAAUUACAUGGCUUUUAAGAAAAAUAUUUUUUAUCUUGUACAGGAUUUUGAUAUGUAGCACUAGUGUAUGCUAUUAGAUUUAUACGUGUACCCAUACUGGAAUCUGCUCUUUUUUUAAGCUGUACUCCUCAGCCUCUACGCAAGGAGUUUUUGGUACCUUGUUAACUGGCUAUUGAGUCACUAGCUGGGUCUUUGACUCUUACACUUUUCUUUAACAUGGCUGCUGGCCGGCACACCCAGGUGGCCUUGACUGGUGUGUGUGUGUGUGUGUGUGUGUGUGUGUGUGUGUGUGUGACUGUGGUGAAACUGUUUUUCGUUUUGUUUAAUUAACGUAUUGAAUCAAGUUGCAAUGUGUAUUAUUUUGCAUCUAGCUUACUGUAGAGCAGACUCUCUUCCUCCCCACCCCACUCCCCAGUCCGGUUGCCCUCCAGCUGCUUUUGGACUACCAAGUUCCAUCUGCCCCAGCCAGCACGGAGGAGGCUACCAGGUCCAGGGAAAUUUUAACAGGCAGCAAAUUUUAACAGCCAGCAAUCACUUGCAGGAAGGAUUGGGAAAUGGGUCUGCGGCUGGCAGGGCACCUCGACGAAAGGCAGCGUGUUAGAAGAUGGAGGAAUGGCCUGGAAGAGGCCGUUUUAAGCCGAGCGUUAUGAAAAGUUGGGAAAACCCCUGCUCUGAAGCAACUCUUGAAUCUGCCUACCUACACCUAAUGGUAGGUUUUGGUGGGACUGGAGGUACAAAAGGGAUGAUAACUACAAAACACUCCCCCUUGCUCCUGGGGCUUUAGUAGUCCUGUGUGGUAGGGAACAUACCAGUGGUAAUAUCCUAACUUAUACCUUUUCUAGGGUAGAGUGAGACAUUAUUAGCCCUUCUCCGCCUUCUCUUUUUGUAGAGUAGUCCAGUUUGAGCCACAGGGUUAAAAUUGUUGAUAUAGCUUUAUAGAUUUCCAUAUUUAUGUAACUUCUUUCAAUAUUCAAGAUCGGACCAGGUAUUUAAAUUUGUCCAAAAGGGACAUUUUGGGGUUGAAGAAUUGAGAAUUUCAUUUGUGUGUGGGGGGGGGGGGGGAGGAUUGUACUUAAAAUACAACACCUGAUGGAGCUGGAUUUGGAAAGUAAAAAAGGACCCCUAUCCAGCCCGAAAUUAAGCACUUUUACAGCCCACUGAUAGCAGUGGGAGAGUUAAGUGAAUGACUAAUCUCUUCCGAUUAUAUCAGUGGGGGAUGUACUUAAUGUUUCGCUGGAUCAUGCCCACAGUAACCCCCCCCCCCAAACCAGCCCUAUUCUGUUGUGUUUGAUACGUGGCAUAUAAUUUUUAGUACAAGACACUGAGUGGUAUUAGGUACCCUCCGUUUUCAAUGUGCUAGAAUUUAGACCUAUUGAAAUGAACAGUGGUUGGCUCACUAUGCCACCCUGGCGCCCCCCAGAUGCUUUGCACCACAACUGCCACCAACCCCAUCACUCUAUUGGCUAUCCUGGCUGGGGCUGAUGGGAGUUGUAGUCCCAGAUCCUCUGAAGGGCCCCACAUUGGUAAAGGCUGCUUUGCAUAUGCAUUCUCCUGCUUCGUUAGUGGUUAACAUCUUCAGGUGGAUGAGCUGUUACUUGUAAUGCUUUCAAGUAUCCAGAGCCUGAAAUUGUUUGUUUUUUAAAAAAUUAUUAUUAUCAGUGAAACAUAUAUGGAGUAAAUAGUAUGGUUUGCCUUUCCACCUCUGUUCCCCUGCAACCAGUAGCUGCUCAUUUCAGGAGACUGCCGUGUUCUUCAAGCCUCUUCCGUCUUUAGAUGGAGUUAGCUCAGCAAUCAGUUCCUUGAAAAAAGCGUUUCUCUGGCUGUUGCAAUCUGGUCUACAUCCAGUAUUUGCUUUUUCUCAAUUUUAUACCUGAGGAUUAUGUAUUAAUGAACCUUUGCUUGUCAUCUAUGGGUCUUUAGUUUAUUAAGCUUAUUUUUAUUAAAAAGCCUGUAAUAUCCAUGUCCUCUCAUUUCUUAUAUGAAACUUGUACAGUUCUUUUUCCCCCCAGGGUGUGUGUGCUGGUUGUUAAAUAUAAUGAUCCCUUCUUAGGAGGGUACUUGCAUUUAAAUGACACCUACAUCAGUUAGGGGGCACCACCUUUGACGACAACCAUCUGCAGUGAGUUGAUAGUGAACUGCAGGUUGCUUAAUAAUCCCUCAUGCAUGAUGAACACUCUGGGUGCAUGAUUGUGCAGAUAAUUCAAAUGAGAGGUUGGUCAGACAGAACCAUCCCUUCUGCUUUAUAAAACUUAAUGGCAGCCUUAGCCGCCUUCCCCUGCCAUGGGCAUUGUGGUGCUGGGGGUGGGAGGUCCUGUAAUACACAACAGAAGGUACCAAACAGUUCAGGGUAGCUCACCUGUGGCCCUCCAUAUGCUGUUUGAAUGAAAUUGUGACUGGCUUUUGAAAUUUCAAUAUAUUUGGGCAUGACAUUUCCCCCCCAAAAGAAAGCCACACAAGUAGUUAGGCCUACCGUAUUUUUCCAUGUACAAGAUGCCCCCGUGUAUAAGACAACCCCAUUUUUUUUCAACCCAAAAUUAAGUUGUUUAGCUUUGGGGGGGGGGGUCACUUAUGCCAAUCACUCACCCGCCACUGCCGAUCACUUGCCACAGCCACUACCUAUUGCACACCUUGCCGCAGCCACAGCCAAUCUCUUGCUUGCUACUGCCAUUAAUUGCACAUCCCCCCUCUGCAUUCGUUAUCCAUGUAUAAGACAACACCAAAUUAUUGCCUUUUUUUAAAUAGCAAAAAGCACCGUCUUCUACAUGGAAAAAUAUGGUAUUUAGUUUAUGACCUGACCUAUUCCUCACUGUCUAUAAUGCCAGGGUUCAAGAUUUACUGCUCAUGGAUAACAAACUUUAUUCAGCCCAUUUACAGUACACAAAAGAAACACAAGAGGUACAACAGGCUUUCACUGUGGGUUUCCCCCCAUUAAUGUCUAGAUCACCACCUACGGGGGAGAUCCCCCCUGCAUAAGCCCCUCCCCACCCCGGUGAUGAAAUGAUGCUGAGUAAGAAACCAACCAAGGCUUUCCCUUAUGCAGGGAAAUAUCAGUGGAUUGUGGUCUUCGUUUACUUCAAAAGCAGAAAAGGAAACGCCGGGGCUUGUGCAAACUCAAGUUUUAUGCUGCUUCUAUCCACACUUUGUUUGCACCAAAAGCAGUUUAAUUCUUCCUUUGCUGCAGUGAAUUUAAUCCUAUAUUCUGCCAUUGCUUGGUCAGAGAUAAAAUUCCCCUCUCCCAGGGGAUUGCAUACAGAGCUUUUGACCCCAAGCGGCUACACUUGAAGCCAGCAAUUGAGAAAAUCUCCAUAGGGUAGGAACUCUUGACUACAGUGACACACUAACCCUGCUUUCUGGAAGGAGAUGGACACCACACUCCGUCAUACACUACUACAGUGACAUGAGAGCCAAAUAGACCAGCUGUGGUCCUCAAGCCUCUUGGCUGGGCACCCUCUUUCCCUUAUCCCACCUGCCCCCAUCUCUAGCAGCAAGAUGCUCCCAUCAUUUGCCCUAGAAACUGCAGAAAUAGCUGCCUUCCUCUAAUGGAGGUGUUGGGGUUUCAAUCUUCCACACUCAGCUUCAUUCACCUUGCCCAGUUACUGGGAGCUGGUGCACAGGGCAAGGAAACUGGGCUUAUAAAAUACUACAGGACACUGCAUGCCUUUCUCCUGCCUGUUUACUGCUGCACCUACAUUUUCAGCUGCCAUAAGAGGAAUGGGGUGUGUGGAGGUGGGGAUAGGACAGGCAGGGAACAUUUCCAUACCACACCUUUCUCAUGCCUGUUGUGAUGACAAAAGGUUGAUAAAAUAUUCAAAAAGCAUUUUAGCCUGUGCGAGUACCAUUUGGUCUCAGAUUUUCCCAUCAUGUACAAGUACACCCAGAAAUAUCACUCCCCCCCCCCGCCCAUUCCACUAACAAAGGCUUGCUGAUUAUUAUCUCCCCCCUGCCCUUGGUCUCCUUUGAAAUGACGGCAAAUGAAAAGAUGUGCAUGUGUGGAGGUAUACAGUACACAAAUGAGAGUUUCACAAAGAGAUGUUUUACAGCUCUCUGUUGGGGUUGGGUAGGGACUGUGAUUUUCUUUUCUUUUCUUCCAGAGAUGCAAUAGCAACACAUCUGCUGCUUCAUUGACUUGAUAGCUCCCAGGUUCCCACUGACAGAUCCAGGCAAGGAAAUAAACAACAGGGCCAUCCACAUUUCAGUGUGUUGGAACUGAGCAAGGAGUAGGUCUUUCUCCAGCCUCUGCUGCACCCAAUGCAAAAAACUAGGCCUUUCGUCAAAGAAAAAUUGCUAUGGCAGCCAACAACGGCUGGUUCGCAAGAAACAAUCCUUGUCGCAACAUACAGGCCUUAGUUGUCCUCGUCGGAAGACAAGCCUUCGAUCUCAUCUCUGUCUCCUCCGAUGGCCAUCCAGAAUGCUUUGGCAACCUACAAUUCAAGAGAUACCAAGACAAUAAAGUCUCAGGGGACAGCCACGCUCCUGCAGCAGAUAAGAAACCAACUCAUUUACACACCCGUGGUUAAGAGUGGAGGUUCCCUGUUAAGUUCCCAAGGGCCAAUCUGUGUGGCCUCAAACACAACAGCAUUAACAUUCUCUCUAAAGAUAAACCAAAUUAAGCAGGUUCCCAUAAAUUCUCCUUUCGCUAAUUGAGGAAAAGGCGAGGCCACUAGAAUCUAGUUGAUAAUAUGCCAAUGAGCCGAAGUACCAAAGGCCCCCCCCCAAAUAGUUGCUUUAGGCUAUUUUUGGCUUAGAAUGCUUGCAGUGCAAUUUCUACUUAGAAAUGUUGGCCAAGAAUGACUCUUUAAGGGAAGUUUUGAGCUCUUCUGAAACUCUCACCUUUUCUGCAUGCAGUUUCCUCUGUUCGUGAGGCAGUGUGGCAGCCUUUUCUGUAGGAAUGAAAAGGAAAGAAAGUUACAGUUAAAACUGGUCAGGAGUCAAGAAAGAGCAGAAGGGUGUUUCUCCAGUUUGGGGGGGGGGGGGAACUGGCCAAGCUGAAAGAAAACUACACAAAAGGGACCAGCCUGAAAAUAGAAAGUAUGCACUGGUUCUUUCAUUGCUGAAGAACCAGAUACCAAACCAGCAAUGUACCCAAAAGGCAUAUUUUUGAAUGAGAAACAGGAAAUCUGGACAGCUCAUAAAGCUCAUCUAAAGCAUAAAAAUAGUACUGGGAGGCCAAACAUUCAUCUCUGGAUCAGUUUUUAAUCCUCCAUCUUUGCUCUCUCCUAAACCUCCCAUUUACCUUUGCUGUGCUAACAAGGUAAUAGGAGGCAGGCCGCAGUGUCCUUCCUCUGUUCCUCCAUGCCUGAGAUGCUGUUAUAGCAGCAUGCCAGGUGCAAGGAGUACUGGGAAAUUCAAUUUUCCUAGGGCCACUUGCAUUUCUCUGUUGUAGGAGGAGAUACCUUACUUACUUCAUUCCUUUGCUGCCACUACAGUGGAACCUCGUGUUACGGACGGAAUCCGUUUUGGAAGCCCGUCCGUAACACGGAACUGACACAAGCCGAAGUGCUGCGUCUGCGCACGCAUGCGGCGCGAUUUAGUGCUUCUGCGCAUGCGGCAAAACCCAGAAGUAACCCAUUAUGGUACUUCCAUGUUGCCGUGGGACGCAACAUGAGGUAUGACUAUUGCAAAAGCUACAAAGAGUGGCAAGGAGGAAGAGUCAGAUUCUACUGCCAUCUCAGUGACAUCACUGGGGAUGAAGCAAGCUCAGGUUAAACCAAACUAUCUUUCAAGUUUUAGAAAACAUCCCCCCCCCAAGUCUGACAAGGAGAGUUUCCCCCACCACUAGAAAACAGAAAGCUGAGUAGAAUCUAUAUUGAAAUCUUAACUCCCAGAUUUAAAAAAAAUAGGAAACUUCACUUGUGGCCAAGAACUGCUGGCCCAAAUAGAAAGGCUUGCAAGAGACUGUGUCAUACACGAGAAGGGCAGUACCUUUCAUUUCCUUCAGCUUGGAGAACAAUCGCUCGAAGUUCUCUAGGUCACCCUCUCCUGCAGUGAGGCUUGCAAGCUCUUGAAUAUCCAUAUCCAACAUAGGAUCUGCAAGAAUCAUAAGAGCGGAAUGAAUGUAUGUCCACAUUUGCAGCCCAUCUCUUUUGGCUAUCUAUUUGGACAUAUGGACUACCUAUAAGUAAUCUACAAGUCAGGAUUGAUUUUAUAUGUAUGUGAGCUGGUGCUGUUUUUUUUUUCUUUCAAACAAUUUUAAGCCACGGUUUGCAACAAAAACAAGUACAGUGAAUAAGAAUACAUAAAACCCAUUAAAAAACCCAGUUCACUAAACACACACACAUAUCACUGAACGGCAAUUACUAACAGCAGUUGCAACCAACAUCAGGUGUCUCCUCUUUUUGUUACAUUUGCAUUAAGAAAUUUAAAGAAAAGCUAAGUGGAUUUAGACCAGGCAUAGGCAAAAUCGGCCUUCCAGAUGUUUUGGAACUACAACUCCCAUCAUCCCUAGCUAACAGGGCCAGUGGUCAGGGUUGAAGGGAACUGUAGUCUCAAAACAUCUGGAGGGCCAAGUUUGCCUAUGCCUGAUUUAGACCAUAUACAUUUGCACUGGGCAAAGGCGUGGACCCAAAGAUACCCCCCCGAUUCAAACAAAUUCAGCCCACAGCACUGGGGCACAUAGGCAGCUGUGACCUGCCAGCUGCUUGCUGGAGGGGCAGGGCCCUAGUUGCUCCCAGUAAGAAGUUUGGUCUUGCUUGCUCUUUUCUCCCAAACCAAAGAUAAUUCCUCACCAGCAGCGGGGUCAGCUUGCUGGCUGUUUGCAUCAGCCACGUCUUCUCCUGCAUCGACAGCUCUCUCCACUGGCAAGGGAUCAGGCUGGCGGGGAGGGAGAAAUGAAAUUAGAUACAACAUAUGCAACAAGAGAGCUGGUCUUCUGUCUUUCACAGGCCACAAGUCCCAGACCAAUGUGGAAGGAAAUUUCCCCACAAGCCCUGACAGAACUGGCUUUGUUCCACACUGCUAAGAAGACAGCAGGAUUUGGUACUGGGCAAAGAAUGUAGUAUCCAUGGAAUCUUUACCUUUUUAAAAAGGUAAAGAGCAAGUUAAGUUCCUAGUCCUCAUGGCUGUGAUAAGCUUAAGUUAUGGACCUGUAAACUGACCAAUUUAACCCACAAAGGGAGCUCAUAGCUGCAAUAAAGGGGACAGGAGUGCAAGAAAGGAUGGACAAAGAAGGUUUUUUGGGUGGAGAGGGCAGGGAGAAUUAAAAAAAAAAGGAUUUAAAAAAAUUACUGUUUACUUCUGGAGCUUCGUUUUCUUCUGUCCUAAGCCUGCGACUUGUGCCCGUUAAAGCAGGAAGGAAGCCAAAGCCUUGAUUCACAUCUGAAAAGAAAGAGCUGUGAGUAUAACACUUGAAGUGAUGCCAGUUUCGAGGGGGAAGCAGAAGCCCUUCCUGUAUCACUUUGUGUGUGAGGUGUGCUCUCCGUAUAAAAACAUAAGCAGGAGCUUCGUGUAGCUGCUGAUCAGCUGACUGACAUAAGCAUCAUGGGAGAAGGCUGUGGAUCAAGGGAUGAAUGGGUAGAAUUCCUAUGCAAGAACUAUCUUGGUGAGUUCUAACCUCCACCCACCCCCCAUUUUCCUUAAGCUACCAGCCACGACUAGAGAGAGAUGUCUGCCCAGUAACUAGGCUGUUCUCCGGGGAGGACACAACAACUUUCCCAAGCAGGCUUCCCCUGCACUACAGGGGGGGGGGGACCUCUUCUGCCAUUUGCUACAAUGGUGCCACACUGAAGUUAAAUUCAGAAGCCCCCUGAGUUUUUUGUAACCAUCUGUGCAAUCAAAGGGAAAUUUCCCUCCCUGGUGGAGUCCUACAGAGUUUGCUCUGCUGUGAUGUGUUAACAUCUGUGACUGCGGACUUAAAGAAAGGAGGUCAGAAAACUCCCACCUUGAAGCCACCAAGUGGUUAGCCUUGCACAUUCCCCCAACUGAGCAGAUGUGCUUCGACACCAUUGAAAGCUCAUUCUGUUACAGUCAUACCUCAGUUUAAGUACGCUUCGGUUUGAGUACUUUCAGUUUAAGUACGCUUCGGUUUGAGUACUUUCAGUUUAAGUACUCCGCGGACCCGUCUGGAACGGAUUAAUCCACUUUCCAUUACCUUCAAUGGGAAAGUUCGCUUCAGGUUAAGUAUGCUUCAGGUUAAGUACAGACUUCCGGAACCAAUUGUGUACUUAAACCGAGGUACCACUGUAUUAUGGAACUAAGGAGGGUGGAGUAUUCAAAGCACAGAGUUUCAGGUGUCAUAUAUACAGGGAUGCAAAACCCCAAGGCCAAUCUCCACACAACUUCACCCCUCCACAACCCAGAAGCCUUUGAGGUGAGCAAACACAAUGGAAAGGGUGGUGCAGUGGUCAGAGUGCUGGACUAGGAGCUGGGAGAGACCAGGGGGUCAAAUCCCAACCAGCCAUGAAGCUCCCUGAUUGACCCUGGACCUUUCACACUUUUGGCCUAAACAAUCUCACAGGGUUAUUGUGAUGAAAAACUGAGAGGGGAAGAAUGAGGUAUAUCGCCCUAAGGAAAGGCGAGAUAGACAUGUGAAUGAAAGUGAAUAUAAAAAGAAAGGAGAAGGAAAAGCAAUACGGAACAAGACAAUCCAGGGUGUCAGCACUUCUUUCGGCUAGUAUCAAAUCUCUACUCCCAUAUCAAAAUGUAAUUAUAUGUCCAAACAGGUGACGUUAUCUGACCAAUCCAGGCACUCUUUGUUUCUCUUCUCUUGCAAAGGAAAUGCAUCCAGUUCCAAGCACCUGGGGAAUCAGUCCAGCCAGGUGCCUCCUGCAACCCAAGCCAUUUCAGACCCUGUUUAAAGGAGAUGUGCUCCGGGCCAUCGCUCUGUGAUGGGAUGGAAGGCCGUAAAUCUAGAAGUGAAGCACAGAGCACCAGAGGGAGCUUCAUUUCUAGUUAUAGGGGCUAGAGCGACCUGAGGCUGCCAGGGCUCUGCUUGAAUGAGCUUUAAUUUCUCAUAAGCCUCGAGUGCCAAUUCUGACACAGAAUGAAGGCAUGAAGAGGAGCCUGAGCAAAGCAGUGAGAGAGCAGAGGAAGUUAUAGAGGAAGAGACACCGUUUUUAAAAAGCAGACCGAAAAUGACGUACCAUUUUUCAUCACCACAUUUGACCAAACAUUGGCAUUCAAGGCUUGGAUGAUUCGCUUCACUCCUGUCGAUUCUGGAAAGUCGUCUAAAGAACCAGAGAGGGGAAAGGAAAUGUGCUUUUAAAAAGGCUUCUUCAGAAAUCAAGCAUCAGAUUAAGAAACUGGAAAGAAGAAGAAGACACUAUCUCUUAAUUUAGUGAGGAAUUCUGGGUGCACUUAUUUAAACACACAAAGAAGCCUCUGAUAAUGUUGCUGUUUCUUAUUUUUUAAAGCCAUUCUGUAAAUUCUGGGGAACUUUCUCAGAUAUUCAGCAGAUAAACAUAUAUUCAUUCAAUUUCCCAAGAACAACACUGACUUUCUUUGGUUAAGGUGCAAAAUAUCACUCUUACUUUAAACUUACACCCCAAAAUGCGUUACCCAUCCUGAACCUUUGGAGGAGAGUGAGAUGCAAAUAAAGAGCUUGGAACAAAGAUGAGAAAUGUAAUACUGAGUUCUCAGCCAGCUGUUGCUCUCUGUCAAAGCUGACUUUGCUCUAGCUCAGUUUUCAAAUUGGAAGCAACGAAGAAGGGUUAAAAAAGAAA